AUGGUUGUUCAAGUGACUCGUUCUCACAAGUACAACGAAAAGAACCACGCUGGCCUUGCCGAAGGCAUCGUCCUUCCUCAUGAGAACCUUCCCAAGUUCUUUGCCAAGAAUGGCUUCGAUGGUGUCGACCCCAAAAAGACCAAAAAGAACGGCGGAGGCAGGGGCAACUGGGGCUCGACAGGUGAAGAAGUUGUUGAUGAGGACUUCAACUUUAUGAAUGCUCGUCGCCGCUCUAACAGCAGCACAUACUCCACCCACCUCAAGGACUUCAAGACCAAGUUCGAGAUCAACGAGCCUGAGCCCGUCUUCGAGGAGAGCAUUCACGGCCCGGAGCCUGAAGAUGACAAUCUCUUGUCCAAGACCGAGACUUCUUCCAGCGCCGGAAGCUCGGCCGACGAGAAAGAGCAGAAGUAA